AUGUCUGGCUUGGCGAUUGCUUGUCCGUUUUGUUAUAAGAAGGAGGAUAACGAGUACGCCAUGCUGCUUCAUUUAGAAACGCAGCACUGCGAAGGCCAGUCUCCCUUCGUCGUCGCAGAUGAGGAGGGGGGAAAGGAGGGUCCUCUGGAUUUGGAUGGGGAAGGCGGCAUGAAUCACGCUGAUACUGAUGUGGAAGAGGAAGAGGGCAGGAACAACGGCACCUUGGUCGAGUGGAUCGCCUGUCCUGUGGACGGGUGCGGCGAAUGGGUGCAGCUACUCAAAAUCGAGGAACAUAUCGAGCUGCACGGCACCCCAGGGCACUCCGGGACUUCAACUCUCGCUGCCGCUCCCGCUUCUAUUCAAUUUAACGGCCCCGCCUCCGAGAGCGACUACCCGGUUAUGGCGGCCUCCCGGACACAUCGCCGGACGGGUGUGAACGACCUGCCGGCGGCGCCAACGCCACCACCGAUUAGGACGCAGGUUAAUAAGGUAGAUCUUAGUAACGUUAAGAGGCUUGGGAAGGGUGAUCUCGGCAGAUACCACCGCGAGGAGAAGAUGCCGGCUUGGCUCACGGACUUGCUGACGAGGCGUACCUUUAAAAGCUCAGAAGGCAUAAUACCUGUUCUUUCAAAGAUCCUACAGCAGAACCCGCGCACGCACUACGCCUAUUUAUGCCACCCGGCCGUCCAGCAUAUCUCCAAGUUACGGAGAGAAGGUAGCUUCUGUGGAUAUCGUAACAUACAGAUGGUGAUAUCAUAUAUCGUAGGGUCAGGGGCGACGGGCAGCGUAGCCUUCGAGAACAAGAUCCCUAGUAUUUUCCGCAUUCAGGAUCUCAUCGAGGAGGCUUGGGACCAGGGGAUAAAUCCUAAGGGUCGUAUUGAGACUGGUGGCGUAAGGGGCACGAGAAAAUAUAUCGGGACACCAGAGGCCUGUACGAUUUUUACUUGCUUAAAGAUACCAUGCGAGAUUCAAGGGUUUAAGAAUCGUCCAGAAGACCAGCCAAAUGCUUCAGAGCACAGGCUAUACGACGCCGUUGAGAAAUACUUCGCAGAUGGAGUAGACGUCGACCAACGGACUAACAAAGUCCGAAAUACAAUGCGGCCGCCAUUGUAUUUUCAACAUCAAGGCCACUCCAUGACCAUCGUCGGCAUCGAAUCCCGCAACGGCAAGCGGAAUCUGCUCGUCUUUGAUCCGACGUACACUGACCCGACGAGCGUCACCCGCUACGUCGGCCAAGCCCACGUUGACCAUGGCUACCCUGACCACGUAUUAAAGGUCUACCGUCGCGGCCCGAAGUAUUUGUACAGAUACAAGGAAUUCGAGAUUCUUUAG